AUAAUAGUAGCUCGCAAUUAUUGUAGUUUAUUGGUUAGGAAGGGGGUUCUCUUGAAAUAAACAAGCUGCCUAAAACCUUCCCAAAUUUAUGAAUUUUCAGACUUUAUUACUGGUUGAAUAAUUCUGCCAUUAGUCUCGCCUCGAGUUGUUCAAAUGGAUCGAACAUUACUUUGGUUCUGCAAUGAUGUAACUACCAGUUUUUUCUUUCACAGAACAAGUUUAGAUAAUCUCGUUACUAAACAAUGUAAUAGCAAAAAUUGGAUCAUUUCACAUGUUUAUGGGCAAAUUUGACCCUUUUCCAUUAUCAAAGAUGUCCAUAUGUUGAAAAGCUUUCGCCAUUAGUGGAUGAGGGUAAUUUUAGAUCAAUCUUAUAGCGCCGAAAAAUAUUUAAUCCCUACUACUGACAGAAAGCAAACUUGAGUUAUUUCACAAAAUUCAGAGCUAAAUUUAGACCUUUUCCCUCUUUUUUCAGUCUUCUGCAAAAAUUAAAACGACAUUUUUAGAGAUAUAGCAAGAGUACAACUUUUAUCUACGCACUGAUAUUGACAAGCUCUUUAUUACGUAGUUACAUAUGUAGUAUAUAGUAUAUACUAAUUUUUUUUCUUGUUCAAGACAACACAUUUUUGGCAGUAGCAGGUAGUACGACAUUAGCUCAAAUCGUUUGGCACACAGCAAUAAAAUAGCUAUAUCGUCGUGUCAUAAUUUACUAAGAUUAAUUUCCGCCUCUUAGUUGGUUUAAAAGAGAAGACGACACACAAGACAUGAUAAAUCUUGGCUUUCCUUGUCAAAUUGUUUUAUUUCACUUGAACAGAUGUAGUAUUAAAACAGGUGAUAAAAAAAUAUUGAAGUUUUUGCAGUCUUAUGAAACUUCUGCAAUAUAUAUAAGUUCUUUAAAGAAAAAGAAAAGGAAAUACAAUGUAUAUAUAGAGAACAAGGAUUUACCACAUAUGCAUAAACACUGACAGUGUAAUAUUUUUUUUUUUUGCAUGCUAAAGGAGGUUGCGCGCUUAUUUUUCAUGUUAUUAAUUUCACUUAUUAUAUGGAUAGUUAUCUUUCUGUGAUCUUAUUGUAUAUAUAUAUGUGUGUGUGAGAGAGAGAAACCAAAUAUUGACAUUUAUAACCUAUUUAACAUGUACUAAUUAGUAUGCCAUCUAAUGGAAUAGACAACAAGAAGAUGAAGACAACAGUAAUCUUAUUCUUAAAAUGGCCGGCCUUGCCGGUUUUCUUGUCACUUUCAUCAACUUUCUCUAUUUCUGAAGAAUUUUUCUCCCAGUUUUAACUCAGCCUGCAAUAUUGUUUUCAGUUCCUUCUCUUUUCUCCAUGUGUCUUGUGUUUGUUGGAUUUGGUCAUGAAUUCAUGACCUUUUCUUAACUAUGUCACAGUGUGUAGUCCGUUCGGUUAAGUUUCCAAAAUCUAUUUAUUUUGUAAGUGCUUUUUGAAGUACUUUUGGAGAGAUAAGAACAGUUUGUGUUUGACUAAUUAAUUUGAAACACACUUUUGGCUAUAUUAGAGCAGCAACUUUGCCAAGGUUUGAGAAAUGCUUGUAGAAGCUACCUUUUCAGCUUCCAAAAAACAACUUCUGCUUACUCAAAAGCACUUAUAUUAUUCCUAAUAUCUUGGCCCAACACUUCAACUCAGACUUUUAGUUUCCCAAAAGCUUGGCCAGACUGGCUAUUAGCCAUCAAUAUAUUUACAACAAUUUUUAGAAACUUGAUAAGAUAUUAUAGUUCAUGGGGUGUGCUCAAGGAAAGCCUUCGAUGCAUUCACCGCCUCGGGGAUUAGAAAAGCUGAAGUUGGAGAACGGAUAUGUUGCUAGAGGAGAUCAACAUGUUAGGCCAAGGAGGUCUACUGGACAGAGGCCUCAUGUGCCAAGGGAGAAAAAUGCUGCUGGUUUUGAUGAUGUUAGGAGACGGAGUGAUGCUAAUAGAGAUAUUAUCAAUAUUGAAAGGAAUUUGGUGAUCACAAGUGAUGGAGAAAAACAAACUAAUGAGCGCAGUGAUGGUGGUGAUGUUGGUAAGAAAAUUACCAUGACAACAACUGAAGAGGAAGAGUUAAUAGAUGGAUGGCCAAAAUGGCUAGUUGAUAAUAUUCCAAGACAAGUUCUGGCUGGUUUAGUCCCAAAAAGUGCUGAUUCUUAUGACAAAAUUGACAAGGUAGGUUCAGGGACUUACAGCAAUGUUUAUAGAGCACGUGACAGGGAUACUGGGAAGAUUGUUGCCUUAAAAAAAGUUCGUUUUGAUACUUCAGAACCGGAGAGUAUAAAGUUCAUGGCUCGAGAGAUUAGGAUUUUGCAAAAGAUGGACCAUCCCAAUAUCAUAAAGCUUGAAGGGUUGGCUACUUCCAGAAUGCAAUAUAGUCUUUACAUAGUUUUCGAAUACAUGCAGUCUGAUCUCACCAGCAUAAUAUCUCGGCCUGAUAUGAGGCUCAAUGAAGCACAGAUUAAGUGUUACAUGCAGCAGCUGCUUGCAGGCCUGCAGCACUGCCACGAGAGGGGUAUUUUGCACCGAGAUAUUAAGGGAUCCAAUUUGUUGAUUGACAAAAAUGGGAUGCUAAAAAUUGCUGAUUUUGGACUGGCAAACUUGUUCAAUCCUGAAAAGAAACGUCCUCUUACAAGUCGAGUAGUCACACUUUGGUACAGAGCUCCAGAACUACUACUAGGUGCUACAGAUUAUGGAAUAGGUAUUGAUCUUUGGAGUGCAGGCUGCCUCAUGGCUGAAAUGUUUGCAGGCAGGCCUAUUCUACCAGGUCGCACUGAGGUGGAGCAGCUCCACAAGAUAUUCAAGCUCUGUGGCACACCGACAGAGGAUUACUGGAGGCGAACAAAACUUUCAACAACCUUCAGGCCACCAUAUACUUACAGGUCUAACAAGAAGGAAGCUUUCAAGCACUUCCCGACAUCAUCUUGGAGGCUUCUAAACGUUCUUCUUGCGCUAGAUCCUUCAAAUCGAGGUUCUGCAGGUUCAGCACUUCAAGAUGAGUUCUUUCGUACGAGCCCCUUGGCCUGUGAACUCUCGGAGCUGCCUGUAGUCUAUAAGGAAUAUCCUGAGGCAGCAUUAAAGCUUGAGAGGAAAAGGCACAAGAUACGACAACGCUCUCAAUCACAAAAGGAACGACAAAAGAAAGUAAUAGACGCGGAGGAAGCAAAACCAGAUAGUGGUGGCUAUACUGAGUUGCAGGAGCCAACAAAGAGUAGAGUUUCAACAGUCUUUAGUGUACUAGAGCCAGGAAGUAGCACUACUAAUACAACUACUAGUGCAUCUUCCAGUACUUCAAAGCCAACUGAGAAAGCAGAGAGCCCUCAGAGUUCUCCAAGAAGUAUUGAAUUUCAUCCCAAUGCCACUAGGAACCUCAAGAAUAGACCUCCAUUACCAAAUGCUAGAAGAAACAUAGGCAAUAAGUAUAGCAGCAACAACAAUAACAACAUCAAGAAGGACGCAAUGAACAGAUUGAAUCGAGUCCAAAGGUCUCAAUCCACCAACUAUUUCCAAGAUCUUGAUCAUCAGAAAUUCCAUAAGCUUCACGACGUUGUUGACUAAGUCACGUACAUCAUGCAAAAUUAUGCUGAUAGUGCAAAAAAUCUUUACACACCAUCAGUGUACAUAAGCUAAAUACUUUAAUUAUUGAGUUUAAGUUCUCUGCACCGUCAGUGCACAAAAUAUUCUAGCACUAUAGUUAACUUGACCUGCUAUUGCACAUUACCCAAUUAUUUACAUAAAAAUAAAAAAAAAAUAAAAUUAGAUAACCUGCAAUAGCAAAUCAAGUUUACUUAUAGUGUAGAAUGUUUUGUACAUGUACAAAACUUAAAUUCUUAAUUAUUUUCUUUUAGGGGUCGUUUGGUUGGGAAAGAGUUAUUUCGGGAUAACUGAAUCGGAAUUAGUUAUCCCGAGAUAAUCCGGGAUUAGUUAUCCCACCAUGUGUAUGGGAUAACUUACUCCAUCACUAUGGUGUAAAUGGUGGGAUAAGUAAUCGCGAUACUAACUAAUCCUUCAAACCAAACAUGAGAUAAAAUAAUACUUCGUGUUAUCCCGAGACUAUUUAUUCCUCAUACCUUACGCCAAACGACACUUAAGGUUUCACUUGCAACUUGACGUGGUAAAUAAGUUGUGGUCUGUAUUAAAAGUUAUUCGUUACAUUCUUGUACAAGAGUACACGUUGUUUAAUAAACAAGCAUUUUGCGGUAAUGCUUUCUUUUUACCUCAAGAGUAUUAGACAAAUAAAGACCUGCCCCA